UCCAGUCUCAUGGAGUAGUCUCAGCCUCAAGCCGUGCCAGGAUUUGACAUCAUGGCUGGUCUGCAGUUAUCCACCACAACACAGAGUGUGGGGGGUGGGGGGAGGACGACAGAGUUUGCAGCACUGCACACUCUGUGCGUGAUCACAUGUGCAUCACUUAAUCCGCUGAAGUACAGUGGGGAGCUCUUAAGAGUGUGCAUGCACCGUCGUUGUCACCAUCAAGACUUGCAGGCAGGAGUGGCUCUACCUCUACCUCGCGGCGAAGAGGUUCUGGUACGGUGUUUGAGGAAGUGGGAAUCUUGGAGAGGUGGUGGUGGUUCGGCGUUUGCUGGAAGAAUAUGUUACUCCCUCUUCCCCUGUUUCGCAGUUCGUCUCUGAGGUGUAGACGGAUCCGUCUGAUUGGGACCUUUUUCGAAGUGGGGGUGCGCUUGAAGGAUAGGAUACUCAUAUAUGUGUGACACUCGCAAUAGGUCAAGUUGCCGAAGAUUCAUAAAGAGCCUGCGCUAGAACAAUGAUGGGGAUUCCUUUCGGGUUCAGCCCUACGCAGAUCUUCAACUUCUGCGUAGGCAAAUACAUGAACUUUUGCGGUCUCCAUAGCCGACUUGUGGAGCUUGACAAUGGCACAACCAUGGAAUGCUGGAUGCCAAAGAAUCACGGAGCGAGACAAACCAGAGGAGGGUACUCCACCAAAAAACCAUCCUUAGUGCUCCUUCAUGCUUUCGGACUCAACUCUCACACUUGGUGCCGACAAGUGUCCAGCUUCUCCAGCGCCUUUGACGUUUUCAUUCCCAACCUCCUGUUCGCAGGACGAUCCUUCACCACCAACAAGGCCAGAACUGAAUUUUUCCAAGCAGAAUGCGUAUACAAGCUUCUGCAACAUCUGGAUGUCCAAGAGUUCUGUGUCGUGGGUACCAGCUACGGCGGAUUUGUGGGCUAUAGAAUGGCUCACAUGUAUCCUCAUGCCGUGCAAAAGCUUGUGAUUUCUAGCUCUGCUGUCAACAUGACACCAGAGACAGACGAGGCCAUGGUGAGGAGGUUCAAGACGAAGGACGUGACUGAAAUCCUGCAACCACAUGACGCCGAGGGUAUUAGGAGAGCCAGUAUUUUGGCUUUCUAUAAACAGCCACCGUUCACCGUUCCCGAAUUCAUCUGCAACGACGUACUAAAUGUGUUAUUCAACGUGAACAGGAAGGAAAAGCUCGAGCUGCUGGAUGGUCUACAGCUCAGAAAACCUGAUGCACCCCCACUGCCUAAAAUUAAUCAGGAGGUUCUCCUGAUAUGGGGUGAGCAUGAUCCAGUCUUCAACGUAAUUUAUGCCCACAGAUUAAAGGAAAGCCUUGGCGAUAAAGCAGACUUGGUCAUCUUGAAAGAUGCUGCGCAUGUACCCCAAGCUGAGGUACCCUGGGAGUACAACAAAAAAGUUCUGGAAUUUUUAAUUAAAUCACCGCGAGAGACAUGUUUUCCAAGUGAAGGCUCAAUUGACAGACACAAAGAGUAGCUGAGUCGGGGAAUAUUAACUGCCAUAGCUUUCUCUUUGUCAAAAAAGACAUAAAUGUAGUGAGAUAGUUGCCUUUCCGAAAUUUGUGAAGAAGAGCUUUUUAGCAUCACCUCUAAAUUUAGUCACUUAAACAAGCAGACACGCAUGCACAUGAUAUGGUUGGUCCUUGAAAUUAAGCAACAAAAACGUCUGAUUACCAACCUCACGGCGAUUUGUUCUUGAACAGCAAGGAAAAUUCUAAACAA